GCAACGCCGCGCAGCACACACGGGCGACGUCUCUCCAGGACCGGGUUCGGCGAAACUGCGUCUCCCCAGAAAAACCGCCGGAAAAGAGCCAAAAGCAAGCGCGACACCAAGCGACGAUGGGAAUGUAAACGGGGAGCCCCGACAUGAAGGCAGACUUGUGAGUGUUCGUCAAAGCGAGUGCGCGCGCUCCUCGUUGAACGGCUCGCGUCAUCGGUGGUCGCGCUGGAUGUUGAGAUGCGCAAAGUGACCGGGACCCUCAUAUCUUCUACCAUCCUCGCAGAUUCAUAAAACGCCAUGAAAGACGAUUUUGCAGACGAAGAGGAAGUACAGUCUUUUGGAUACAAGAGGUUCGGGAUCCAGGAGGGCACCCAGUGCACCAAGUGUAAGAAUGAGUGGGCACUGAAGACCUCCAUAGCCCUGCUGUAUGUGUUGUGCACACUCCUCACCAUUGCCGUUGCUGUCCUCGGGUACAAAGUGGUGCAAAGGGUUGACAGUGUAACUGAAGGUAUAGCCAGCUAUGGAGGGAAGAUAGUUGCUUUUGAGUCUGACUUGAAAAAGCUAGAUGACCAAACAGGGGAGAAGUCCGAGAACACCACCACAGAGAUCCAGGCCUUCAAGAACAACAUUCGGGCUCUGCAGAGGCAGCUGUCUGAGGUGGCUGAGCGAAGCAGCAGUAACCGCGUGGCUCUGAGUCAGCUGCAGAACGCUGGCCUGGACAUCCAGAACAGUCAAGGCUCCAUUCAGGGAGUUCUGGAGGGCAACACAGCCACCUUGCGCUCCGUAAAUGGCACCCUGCAGUCCUACGGCAACACAAUGGAAGGCUUGCAGGACAGCACAGCCAGGCUGCAGACAGAGCUCCAGCAACAGGUGAAGCUCCAGAGCCAGACACUGCUCAGCAUCAGCAGCCUCAACCUCACCCAGGCCCAGCAGAGAGGCCUCAUCGCUGUCCUGCAGCGCUCAGUGGAUGACACCAGCCAGGCCAUUCAGAAGAUACGUAAUGACUUCCAGAGCCUGGAGCAGACGGCCCGCCAGACACGCUCAGAUGCCGAGUGGCUCCGAGACAAGGUGGAGAACCUGCAGAUCAUGGCCUCCAAUGCCUCAGCCCUUGCAAAGGCCAACAACGAUAGCCUAGAGGACAUGGGCUCCCAGCUCGUUUCUCUAUCCAACCAGCUCCAAAAUACCAGCAGCCUGGCAGAGGGUCAUGACCAGAGCCUGAGGGAGCUCAUGGAUCAGCAGAGGGACCACGACAACUUCACCUCUGCCAAGUUUGACCGGGUGGAGCUGCGGCUUGAUGAGUCAGAGCAGAGCAUCGACCGUGUGACCGGCAACAUCAGCUUCACCACGCAGUUGUUGGGAGCCAUCAACCUCAACCUGAAUGAGCUACGCACAUGUGCCGAGACAGUGGGCCGUCACUCUGACUACCUGCUGAACCUCAACAGCAGCAUGUCAGAUGUGAGUACUGAUGCAGCCACGCUGAGGUCCCAGCAGGAGGAGUUGGCUGCACGGCUGGACAAGGAGGUCACGAACCUCUCCAUCAUCAUGGAGGAGAUGAAGCUGGUAGACAGCAAGCACUCACAGCUAAUUACCAACUUCACCAUUCUACAAGGUCCACCUGGCCCCAGGGGGUCACGAGGAGACAAAGGACCCCAGGGACCACCAGGUCAGCCUGGGCAGAAGGGGGAGAAGGGGGACAAGGGUGGGCCUGGAAUGCAAGGACUCAGAGGGGAGAAGGGAGUUCCAGGAUCGCCGGGUAUGCCAGGGUUGAAAGGUCAGCCAGGCUCGCGUGGCAGCCCUGGGUCCAAGGGCUCUCGAGGGUCAGGGGGCAGAGCGGGACCCCCAGGGGCUAAAGGAGAGCCAGGCACUGCUGGUUUGCCUGGGAGAGAUGGGCAACCGGGCCCUCAGGGGCCACAGGGCCCCCCUGGUAUCCGAGGACCAAUAGGACCUGCGGGCGAACAGGGGCCAAGAGGACUGGUGGGGCCUGUGGGGGCACCUGGACCACCAGGACUACCAGGACUUCCCGCCCGCCCACCACCACUUCCUCUGGGCCCCAUGUCUCUACAGAGUCAGGCCAUCGCUCCAACUCUAUGGGCGCCUGGUUGUCCUGCUGAAUGGGUCAACUUCAGGGACAAGUGCUACUAUUUUUCCAAAGAUCUGCACAGUUUUGAUGACGCCAAGUCAGUCUGUGAAUUGAGGUCCGCCUCACUGCUGACCAUCAGUGAUAUGGAGGAGCAGAGAUGGCUAAGGAAGCAGACUAAUGGAAAAGGAUACUUCUGGAUGGGCCUGACAGACAAAGAGGAGGAGAAUGUGUGGCGCUGGCUGGAUGGGUCUCAACCUACUUUCACAAAGUGGAAGCCCGGUCAGCCAGACAACUGGAGCCAUGGGCAUGAGAGAGGGGAAAACUGUGCAGGGCUCAUCCAUGAUGGAUUAUGGAAUGAUUUCUUCUGUGAAGAUCUCAUUGGUUACAUCUGUAAAAGGGGAAUGGAAGGCCCAAGAUCCCCCGGAUCAUAGCGGCGUCUUGAAAAGGGAGAGUUGAGUGGGCAGCUACACUCCAAACACAUGUCAGUGGCCCACUGACGCAACACACAGACAACCCGUAUGGAAAGUGAGGAGGGACAAUUUUGAAAUGAACCCAUGGCUGCAUUAGCAAAAUGCUCUCCACGGCUGACCUGAUUCUCUUCCCACCACAAGUGAACUCGGUCCAUCCUUUCCAGCAUGUGCAAUACAGCCACAGGGCAGUGAAAGCAGAAAGAGAAUCCUUGUAUUUUACUUCUUUUGAAAGUAUAUCACCAGUUGACACAUACGGUUAUUUUUCUAUGAUUGUUUUAUAUGCCUGUAUACCAUGUACAACUGAAUAUCUGAAUGUAUAUUUCAUUAUGCAAAUUUUUUUGUAGGAAAAUAUUAAUUUUUAAAAGCCAAAGGGACCUCCCAUUCGCGCUUUACACAAAACAUAUUUGUUCUUUAUUGAUUGUGAAAGGUGCAAAAUGAUGCGUGGAAACACCUAAUGUCGCUGAUAUGCUAUCUUCGAGGAACAUGUCCGGGUGUAUAGCUUUUGUCAUUUAUCUGAUUUUGAAUAAAUGGAAGUAUUUGA